AGACCCCAACUCCAGCAGGCACUCCCUGGGAACCCAAAGGCCACUCCUGCCAGGCAAGCAGUCAUUCUUUAUCCCAGUGCCUAACUCCAGCAGGCACUCCCUGGGAAUGCUCAGGCCACUCUGGACAGGGAAGCAGGAUUUUACUCAACUACCUAGAAAACACACCUACGACUUGCCAAGAGUUAUCAAAACAUCAUUUGUGAUCAACAGUGAGAAAAGACUUGGAAAAAUCUGAAAGUGGUUUUUCCUACUAAAAUGAUCAUAGUUCCUCUUUUGAGCUUUGUCCCAGAAAGCUGCGGCUUCUCUGACCAGUGAAGUAUCAGUGUCCUCGCAUCAGCCGUUCCAGCAGGCCUACUGAUAGAUUGCACCAGAGAGGAGACAUCUUGGAUUAAAUAGUGCCCCAGCAAUAGCUUUGCAAAGUUCUGGAGAGACUUUUAUCUAUUUGGAAGUUUACUUUCAUCCAUCUCUUCAGUAAAGAUGGAUGUAAAGGUAAAAAAUCGGGACUUCUGGUACAGUCUCCAUGGCCAAGUCCCCGGGAUGCUGGACUGGGACAUGGGGAAUGAAUUUUUCCUGCCUUGUACCGUGGAUCAGUGCUCUUUCGCUGAGCAGAGUCUUGCCAAAUAUAAAAUCCAACUGACAAAACCACCUGCACUGCCUCAGGAGAAGAAAUCCAGUUUUGAUGAUGAUGGUCCUUCCACUGAACCCAGCUUGUGGAUGUGGGUGAAUCCUAACAUUGUGUGCCCCGUCAACAGCAAGGAGGCUCCAAAUCCCAUUCAUAAAGUUAUGCCAAGUGCACCAUUCCCACAGACUGGCGAGUUUGACUGCUUAGGGACCCAGAGAGUGGUACAAUCCCUGUCUGUUCUCCAUACUGAGCAUCAUCAGCAACAGAAGCUGCCUGUUUACUCCACUGACCCAGAUUUUGUAGAAGAGGAGACUAAGGAACAGGAAUGCACAUCCUCUAAGAAACACUCCAAGAAGCACACAGUGUGCCAUGGCCCCCACCGGGAGAGGGAGUCCUGGCCACGCCCUCCCCUAAACUACAGCCAUCUAGUUGCUGUAGCAUUAAAAAGCAGCCCUUCCAGUGGCCUCAAUGUGCAACAGAUCUAUAAUUUUACUCGACAACAUUUCCCCUAUUUCCGGACAGCACCAGAGGGCUGGAAAAACACCAUUCGACACAACCUCUGCUCUUUGACCUGCUUUGAAAAGGUGCCAGUCGACCUUGAAGAUGAGCCAGAUGGAAAACCUCGCUCUUUCCUCUGGAAGCUCACUGAUGAGGGAAACCGAUUCUUUCAGGAGGACACCCGUGUCUUGGCCUAUGCUCGAAGGGAGAGCAUCAAACAGAGCAUGCGCCAACCAGAGCUGAUAGACCUCCUCUUUCAUCUUUAAUGUUUUCUUCUUUUCUUAUGCGUGUGUGGUGUGUGUAAGUGUGUGUAUGCAUGCUUGUAUGUGUGUGGGCAUACAUGUGCACAUGUGUGUGGAGGCCCAAGGUUGACAUUAAGAUUUUUCCCUCCAUUGCUCUUCCACCUCAUUCUUUGAGGCACGGUCUUUCAGUGAAAUCCAGAGCUCAUAGAUACUGUAAGUCUCACUAACCAGCUUGCUCCUAGGAUCCCCAGUCUGUGCAUGCAUUCCAAGGCUGAGAUUGUAGGCAGGUCCUCAUGCCCACCUAGUUUGGUUCUGGGGAUCUGAAUGCAGGUCCUCUUGCUUGCAUGGCAGGCACUUUAACUGCUGAGCCAUCUCCCCAGCCUCUUUCAUUUUUGAAAGACAACUUUCACUUUCUGGAACACUGCCCUGCUUACCGUGCUGAACUAACUUUUACUCAUCUGUAAUCUUACUCUGUUUGGUUGGCGCCAAGCCUGUCUUUAGCCACUGUUAAGUAGUCAGAGGUGACUACAGGGGAGGCAGAGAUUAAAUCCAGAUGUAGAAUGAUGGAAAGUUAUACAACAGCUGUAACUGUUCUACACUUUGAGCAAAGGUAGAACGUCUUAGGAACCAUGGCAAGCAAUCUAAGGCUAGAAAAGUAUGUUACAUCUUUUGGAGCAAAUUGUGAAAUAUAAAGGAUGAAUACAAAAUAAACCCAGGAUAUGGACAACCUCUGCUGCCAUGUGAAGGAAUAUGUGUAUAAAAUGAACUAGGCUUGGUGUUUGAAGUAUGGAGACUCAAAUAUCUCCCUCUACCAUUCAUCAUUUGCAUCUUCUUUUGAAGUGACCCAUUGUAUCCAUCAGGGCCUCACUCUUCUCUCUAGUCUUAGACUUAACAACUUUGUUCUAUUGCUAUUCAGUUCCAGCAGUGACAAAUGCAGGCAGCUGUUAUGUGUUUGAAUAUUGAAAGUCUUUAAAUUGAUUGUGUAUUAACCCUAAGCUUUUUGAUGACAAUGCAUUGGUGCUCAUUUGUGUUUUUCACCAAACGUUAUUUGAGGAACUGUGAGGUCCAUCUUUAGGUGAUAGAAGAUAGAAAGCAAGCAUAUAUUUGUGAGGCAUCAGGAUAUUUAUGUGUGAUAAAACAGAGGUGUGAAGUUGCCAUGGAAAUGGAGAGACAUCCUUCCUGGAAAUAGGAAAGCAUUAAAAAUGAAGUGCCUUUUGAGCUAGAUUUGAAGAACAAAUAGGAAUUUGCUGAGCACAUAAACUGAGAAGAAACAACACUAUAAGGGGAACAGUGUGAAUAGCAUUAACCAGGUGCUUGAUGCAUUCUGGGAAGACAGCUACACUAGGAGCAGGAGCCACUGUAAGAGAGGUAACCAAACUGCUUUUAAGUUGUGCUUACAUGUUAACUAAGAGACAUACUUUGUGCAUUGCUAAAAAUCACAAACAAAAUACCAACAUAACAGAUGUUUCAACCUUUGGCUUUCUAAUUUUAAAAUGUAUUUUUUGUAGGCACUAAGUUCAUGAAAUGUAAACAUAGUUUUUGCCUUUUGUCUUAAUACAUUUUUAAAUGUAUUCCAACACUUAGAAAAUAGCUUUUAAGUAUGUGUUUAGUUGCCAAGCAUCCAAUGAGACUAUAAUACCUAGACCAUACAAAAGCAGCUAAUUUGAUAUGAUUACAACAAGAGAGAGCUUACUUUUUAAUGGCUUGCUAUAGCAGAAACAAAACUGUUUAGAUUUAUUUGCGAAGGUUGCAUAAUCCAGGAAAAUCUUUUCCAAAAGUAAUUGUAAAUGUCACUUCUGUAUCAUAGUUACUUUGAAAAUGUUGACAAACCAGUCUGGAAUUAAUAAAAUUUUCUACC